AUGACUGAGUCUCUUCGCCCCGGCUUGCAACCGGUGUCUCACCUCAAGGCAGGGCCGACCACAUCAAGCUCCAGGUCAACCGCGCUGCAUUCUCCAACCAAACAGUUCAUCUCACGACCCUCCUCACGACUUCGCAUGCAAAAGCCUACCACUCGAGAGGAGCCGCUCGACGCAACAAGCGAGAAAGCGACCCAAGCCUUGAUCCGACGCGUCCUUUGUCCUUCGACAAGCAGCCACGGCGCAUCCUCUCCGCAGCCUCUAGAAGAGCUACUACCCCCUCUCACGAGCUCUAAUGACGUUGACCGUCAACUUUACGCCCUACUCGCCAUAAUAAUCAAGGACUUCGUCUACUCUUGGUACUCGAAAAUUACCCCGGAUCAGGCUUUCGUCAACGAGGUUCUACAUGUCGUUGCACACUGCACCCGUGCUUUGGAACAGCGGUUGCGCCAAGUUGAUGUUGCACAGCUGGCCUUGGAUGAAGUCCCAGCUUUGGUGGAAGCACAUAUAAUUUCAUACAGAUUGGCCAAGAAGAACUCCCAUCUGUCCGGGCUCUCGACGUCGCAUCGUGCACUCUACCAUGAAAUAAAUCCUCAUCCUGGUCUAUCGCCUGUCCCGGAUUCUCAAGAUCCUGAUACAAUCACCGCGCAGAGUGAGAAUGAAGCUGCGUACCGCAAGCUACUUGCCAGCGGCAUCCUUGCAGUUCUUCUGCCCACGGAGGAUCUAGAGAACAGCAGUCUGCGCACACUGGUGGGCGAUAUUCUAUCAGAUCUGAUACUUGGGAACCAGGUCUCCGGCAAAAUAUGCGAAGGAGUAUUCUUCUGGGAAGUCAUCACUAAACUUGCCACUGUAGCGAGACAGCGUAAAGACGGAGUGAACAAAGCAGAAUCCACGAAUGAUACUCCACCCAGCCGAUUAGAGCAAUUCGGCCUCCUUGGACAAGACGAUUCGACAACCCAUCAGCCUACCCAAUCGCAACUUACUGUCUGGAUAUGGAACGUUCUCCAGAGUGUCUAUCUUGGUUACGUCGCCUUGCGUUUCAUUGCGACGGGCCUGUUCCGGGUCGCAUCGAAUCCAGGGCCGGGGUCCUCGCACGGAGCCGGUGUUUCAUUUCCUGCUGCAACGCCAGGUUCCAAGAAGGAGGGCGUCGAGUCGUCGUCAUACGGCAUCACAGGUAAGCGCCCGGUGGUUGACUAUCGGGUAUUCUCGAUGGCAUCCACUCUAUUUGACAUAUCGCAACGGAUGCCGUGGCUUUCCGGGCUGGUUUCUCUUUCCCAGCACCUGAUCCUGGCAGGACCAGGUAGAGUCGGUGACACGGACGGAGUCCUUGACAGAUUCCUCCGAGAAACCAUUGAGGAUUACGUCCUGCCCCCCACUUUGUUGCCCAACCUUCUUCUCGCAACAAGGUCAACUCUCUUCCCGGCCAAUGCCCGCCCAUCAUCGCUGGGAGCGCCCGUGAAUACUGGAGCCCUGGCUCCGACUCCGCAGGUGUCCGUGCAGUCUCCGCCCAGUGGGAAAGCUCUCACCAGUGUUUCCAUUCUGGAAAAUGUCAGCGCCCCUGCGGGUGCUAGCGAUGCAACUGGUAAGAGUAGUGCCGCAAGUAAUAGCAUCACUGGUGGCGGUGAUCAGCCGUCUCCGUCGUCAGAUCCAUCUCUUGAGACGAUCAGCUCCAAUGCCACUCCCGGCUCGGAGAAAAGCUUGCGCUCCACGGAGAUCGCCUCUAUCAAGCGGCGAUGUGCAGCUAGCCUACUUGCCGUCAUCCCGCCCAGCGUUGCACGAACCUUCUUCGGCUUGGAGCCCAGCUGUGGCAAUGAUCGUACCUGCAGCGCCGCCACCGGAAGUUCGCCCUCCCUCACCAUCGCCUCGCCCCCACCGUCAUCGGAUGAGAAGGGCGGGGACCACUCGGGAUCUUCAUUUGGAGCUGAGCAGGCUCAGCCCACGUCGAUGCCACAGCCUUCAGCUGCAGUGAAUUGCGGUAAUGGGGCUGAUGGGCGCACGGACGAAGUGGAUGCCCAAGUCGACCCGGAAGAAGAGUACCUCCUUCAGGCCAUCGAGAAUGAUCUACUUGACUUGUUGUCUGACGAGUAUUGUAACAAGCACCUUGUCUACUCCAUAAUAGAGACCGUGUUGGCCAAGGUCCUCCCCGAAAUGACAGAGCGCGGUGUUGCAGAGCUGAUGGAGGAUCGUGGAGUGGCUCCCGUGCCUAGCGUUUUCUAG